CUGAUGUGCAAGGACCCCGCAGCAGUUCAGAAGCUUCUGAUCCACGCCGGCGCUGAUCCUUCUACCCUGGACAACCAUCAGCAUUCAGCCAAAUAUUACUUGGACCACAAAGAAGAACUAGAGCUACCCAGCGUUCCCAAAUCUGCUAGGAUUAGUUCGAGAAGAAGUACUACAAGUAGAGAAGCAGGUCUCAACAUCAAAAAGUCCAACAUCAGGAUAUGGAUCCACCAGAGGAACUUGACGAAUUUGCAACAAGUCGUCUGGGAGGGACACGGAGGGAAAUUGUUGGUGGAGCACAGCAACAAUCCGAAGAUCAAGAAGUUUUUGGAAGCGGUGCCUCAUAUAAUGGGUAUGAUCAAAGAAAUACACUGUGACGUUCAAAACGACGACUUGCAAAGUUUGAAAAACCACGUGACACCUCCAAUUCCUCCCAUAGUACUUUCUGGCAAGGACAUCAACGGCCUGACACCCCUUCACAAGGCUGUGGGUCUAGACAAACAGGAAAUAGCAGGAUUCAUACUGGCAGAAUAUCCAGAUUGUAUAAAUUCACGGGACAACGAUGGCCGGACGCCUCUGCAUUAUGCAUCUCUGCUCAAGGAUGAUGGAAAAAUGACAGAUUUUCUCAUAGAAAAUGGUGCCGACGAAUCUGCACUUGAUAACAAACAAAAGACGGCAGCCUACUACAAAACGAGGCACUCGGAAAUGGACGCCAAACUUCUGCAAGUGGUGCCGGAGUGUCCCAGAUCGGCCAAGGACACGUUCGCCGCCAAUUUUGAUUGGUCGAUGAUAUCGUCAUCGCCUUCGACGAACGGACUGUCCAAGAAAGUGGAGAAACUCUUGGACAACGAGGACGACGCUGACGAGAACAAGGACCGAUCGGAGGGCAACCAUAACCAAGAUAACGGAAAUCAUGAGGAAGCUGACACCGCCACAGAAGAAAAUAACGGAAAUGUUGAAUUAGACGAUAAAACGAACGGUAUGGAAGAACAAGAAACUGAAAGGGAACCGGAAGAAAUCGAUAUGAACAGAGAAACCGAAGAAAUGCAAAGCGAGGAAAAAGUAGAAGACACCAAGGACGAAGGCAAGAAAGAGUCCAUUGAAGAAACUGAACCCUCCAUGGUGCCCAGUGAUACCGGAGUCGAAACACCAGAAGAAAACAAAGAUGAAAACGAUGCUUCUGAGGGGUCCGAAACGAAAGACGACAACAACAAUGAAACGGAAGUAGACAAGGAGUCAAUUGAGGCCAAAAUGAACGGGAACCAUGAACCAAUGGAUGAAGAUAGAGAAGAUGGACAAGAAGAAGACGUGCCAUCACCAUCGAAGACCAGGCCGAGCAGCAGAGUCAAAUCCACAACACGUCCGAACAGUCAAAAUGGCCAGACCGCAGAAAAGUCGCGACCAGCCAGCAGGACCAGCGAGCAUUCCAACAAGUCUAGACCGAACAGCACAGUUUCGGAUAAAAGCCGACCAUCUAGUCAAAUCAAAUCGACCACUCGACCAAACAGCAAAUCAACCACUCGACCAAACAGCAAAGCGGGGGGAAACCCGACAGAAGACAGCGAAGGGGUGAUAGAAGGAGUGGUGCACGGCGACGUGGUGGAGACCAUGGACAACGAAGGGACCAACGAAGGGACCAACGAAGGGACUAACGAAGGGACCAACGAGAAGGCCGUGGCCGAGAGCGAGGAAGAGAUAAGGGCGCUGGUCGGAGGCGGCAACAUGGAACAGCUGGCGGCGCUGGUGUUGAGCGGCGAGGGCGAGAAGCUCAUCGGACAGACGAGCGACAAUCCGGAGCUGCAGGCUUUUUUAGAGAACGUUCCAGUUUAUAUGGCCAAGAUCCAGAAGAUACAUGAAGCAGCUAGGAGUGGGAGUCUGAGAGAUUUGCAAGCUGCUUUGGAUAGACGCAAGUUUGCCAUUGCUAAAGAUUCUAUCUCGGCAAAAGGGGCGUCGCCUCUACACGUCGCCGUGAUCUUCGGCAACACGAGCAUCGUUCGGUAUCUGGCCGGCAGAUUCCCGGAAACCGUCCAAGUCGCCAACGAUGAUGGCAGGACUCCGCUGCACUACGCGGCAGUCCUGAAAGACAACGGCCACUACUACAACCUGCUCGUACAUUUGGGCGCCGACAUGCGAUUGGAAGACAAGUUUGGGCAUUCACCAGAGUACUACAGAAAAAAUCAAGAGGAAUUCUCGCAUAGGGAAUUGCUGAAGGAGUUUGGAGUAGAGGAACAAGAAGCCGAAGAAGUUUUAACGGACAAAGAUAAUUUAACUGCCGAAAAUGGGCAAGUUGAUAUGCCUUUUUUCGCCACAGAAGAAGGGCGAUACUUAGCAUCCUCGCUAGGAGAUCCUCUGAUAAAAGGCCUCACUGAAGUCGCCAACAAGAGACCAGAUGAUCCCAUAGCAUACUUGGCCCAGUAUCUCUACAAUUUCGCUAACACUAAUAAUGUUAGAUCUAGAGGAAGAACACAGGAGAGCUCACAACAAAUUGUGAAUGGUGAACCAACAAAUGCAGAUGACAACAAAGCCAUUCCAGCCAGUAUUGACGUAGUUACCAUCGAACCUGAUGAAUCAAACGAAGAAUCUGCAUUCAGCAAUACUAGCAGGGAUGAACACGGUCAGAGUAUGUUACACUUUGCAUCCUCAAGAUCACACGGUCGAAACGCUUUAUUCCAACUACUGCAAGAAACCGACAUCAACGUAGCAUACAGGGAUGAACUCUACAGGACAGCUAGAGAUAUAAGUAUCCAAGCUAAUUUGCCGAACAACACAGAAGAAAUCGACAGAUAUGUUCUUCACAUCGCUACAAAAGGAGACACUGAUAAGCUAGUAGAGCUCCUACUAGAUGGGUAUGACCACAUAACGGACAUAGUAGACAGUGAUGAAAUUCCGAUAAUAGAAGCAGUGUCUAAAGCUGAUCAACCAGAGACUGUAUCUUUCCUGCAAUCCAUCCUGGCUUUUGAGGAGAAACGAGAAAGGGUCCACCACGCCAUCAGACAGGGCUCCAUCAAUGACGUCACCACCUUGCUGGCAGACGAAAAUGACACCGGCAGCGGUAAACUGUUGGCCAUCGGCAAAAAUAGCUAUGGCAGGAGUACGAUGCACAUAGCUGUUUUGUGUCAGCAGGAAGAGAUCAUCGACUAUCUAGCUAAUUCGUUUCCCGAUACACUGAAACUCGGAGAUAACCUGGAAAGGACCGCUUUGCAUUACGCCAUGGGAGUGGAGAAAAUGGAGACCAUAAGCAGAGUGCUGAUCAAGGCCGGCGCCAAACGUGUCACCAAAGACCUCAAGGGCAGACAGCCGACAUACUACUUUUUGAACAAGUCGGACAUACAGAGGCUGCAAGAGGAAGAAGAGACGUUCUGAGAAAAUUCAAGAAAAGGCUGAUGAGAUUUUUGUAUUGGAAAUAUUUGUCAUAUUAUGUCGGGAUUUCCCUGAACGGUUUACCGUUUCAUGCGUUGAUGGAAGAUAUUGAAACAUUUUAUCUAGUCACAUCAUAUAGUCCAUUCUAGUUAUUAAUGUUCACCUUUAUAUUUUUAUACACAUAACUAUACUUAUAUGGUUUUUAGUGAUAUUUAUGGUAUUAGAAUACAGCAAGUCAGUUUGACAUUAUACUUUGCUUCCAUACACUCUACCCUCUCCUGUAUAUGCCAAAAUGUUAUCAUGAGCUAAAAAAAUGCCGGUUAAAUAAAAUAAGUUUCUUGUUUUUUAUAUGGUUUUGAAGUAUUUUUUUUUUGGUUGUUUGUUUUAAAUAAAUAGAAUGUGAAUCGGCGCGCUAUGAGACACUAUUGUUUCAACGAUUUAAACUAUGGUUUUUAGUCAUGUCAUUCUGGAAAUGAAUUCAAACUUCACAAAUACAAGCAAGAGCUAUUCUCUUGUUUAUUGAUUUUAUUGGAUUAUGACUGUUAAAGUUACCAGCAUUUUUGGCAU